GGUGAAAGGACAGGAGGUGGGGGGUCAGUCCGAGGUGGACGUGAUGCUCAGGUCAGACACAGAACGGCACAGAGUGGAAAGAACUAAUGAUGAUCUGUUUUCUGGACCAGCAGCCAUGCCAGGACUGGUGGUCCAGCCCACUUGUCAGGACCCAUUUGAAACUUGUGCUUAUCUGCACUGGGCACGGUGCCCUUCAUCCAGUCCCCCCUGAACCAAACUAAAGCCCAGAAGCUCAGAGCGGAACAAUGACUGGAACAGCAAUGUGCUGACUCCUGCCCGGACCCACAGGCCCAGCUGCUUUUCAGCACCAACAUGUAUAAAUAGGUCCGUUUAGUUUGGGGUCAGGACGUCGUUUUUGUGGAGCCCCCCUGUGAGCACUGCACCACUAUUCUUUGGGGCCAGUCAGGUGAGCAGUGAACAGACACACGCAGUAGCAUGGCUCUAAAUGAUCCUAACCCACUGGGACCAUGGAAGGUCACAGUAUAUGACAAGGAGAACUACCAGGGCAAGCGGCAGGAGUUUACCUCAUCAUGCCAGAACGUCAUGGAGUGUGGGAUCGACAACGUCCGCUCCUUGAAAGUAGAGUGUGGAGCCUGGGCAGGAUAUGAGCACUCCAGCUUCUGUGGACAGCAGUUUGUGUUGGAGCGGGGAGAGUAUCCACGCUGGGAGUCGUGGAGCGGCAGCAACGCCUACCACAUUGAGAGGAUGAUGUCUUUCCGCCCCAUCUGCUCCGCUAACCAUAAAGAGUCCAAGAUGGUAUUGUUUGAAUGGGAGAACUUCAUGGGACGCAAGUGGGAGAUCAACGAUGACUACCCCUCUCUGCAGGCCAUGGGAUGGGGCAACCACGAGCUUGGAUCCAUGCAGGUUCAGAGCGGCGCCUGGGUGUGCUACCAGUAUCCAGGUUACCGUGGUUUCCAGUACAUCCUGGAGUGUGAUCGUCAUGGCGGCGAGUACAAACAUUACGGAGAGUGGGGCUCCCAUGCUCAGUCCUCCCAAGUGCAGUCCCUGCGUCGGAUCCAGCAAUGAGACCUACAGCCUUCUCUCCACAGCCUCCCACUCUUUACCUCCUCCACCUGUAUCACUUCCUCCUCCUCCUCCUCCUCCUCCUCCUCCUCUUCUUUCCUCUACCCAAUCAUUCCAAGCUUCAGCCAGCUUUGUCAGGCCCUAAGGCUCACACUUUCUAGUGCUUCAUGAUUAAGAUGUUUGCUGCACUUUUGUUCUUUUGUUGCCAAAUGAAAAUAAAAAGAAAGAAAGAGCAGCCACUGAAGAGAGGCCCCUGACUGAUGCCCCACUAACAGAGAAGAAGAGGAAGUUAAGGGCCACAUUGUGGCAAGGUGGUGAUGUAUCUCAUUGUCAUUGCUCCUCUUAUUUAUGGAUAAACACGGUGUGAACAGUGAGUGACCUAGAAGGAAUGGGCAACUUGAAAUAAACAGGCAUGCAAGAUUCUGCUGC